UCACCCGCCCCGGAAGUGCAACGAUCGAGGUUAUACAGGUGCGGAUUUCGCCGGCGAGGCGGCUCUUUUCGAGAUGCCGGGAGCCGCAGCCAAUGGCUCGGAGUUGUACGAGAGCAUCGAGAGUUUCGUGGAGGCCCUGAAGCGGGGCGGCGGGCGGCGCAGCUCCGAGGACAUGGCUCGGGAGACCCUGGGGCUGCUGCGCCGGAUCAUUACGGACCACCGCUGGAGCAAUGCAGGAGAGCUGAUGGAACUGAUUCGCCGAGAGGGCCAGAGGAUGACAGCCGCGCAGCCCUCAGAGACCACGGUGGGCAACAUGGUGCGGAGAGUGCUCAGGAUCAUCCGGGAGGAGUAUGGCAGACUCCAUGGACGCAGCGAUGAGAGCGAUCAGCAGGAGUCUUUGCACAAACUCUUGACAUCCGAAGGCCUGAGCGAGGAUUUCAGCUUCCAUUACGCCCAACUCCAGUCCAACAUCAUCGAGGCAAUUAAUGAGCUGCUUGUGGAACUGGAAGGGACAACAGAGAACAUUGCAGCCCAGGCUCUGGAGCACAUCCACUCCAAUGAGGUGAUCAUGACCAUUGGCUUCUCCCGAACAGUAGAAGCCUUCCUCAAAGAGGCGGCCCGAAAGAGGAAAUUCCAUGUCAUUGUGGCAGAAUGUGCUCCUUUCUGUCAGUGUACCAGAGAAUACCGACCACGGGCAGAAAAAGGAGUUAUCUGGAGGCAGUUGUGUGUCGGCUGUGCUCAGUAUCACAGAAUUCUCCAGAUCCAGUUCCAUUGGAGAUGCCUUCCACUCUCUCUCACUCUCUCUCAUAAUGUCAGCCUUUCUGUCCUAUUGCAGGGUCACGAAAUGGCAGUCAAUUUGUCCAAAGCAGGUAUUGAGACAACUGUCAUGACUGAUGCCGCCAUUUUUGCUGUUAUGUCAAGAGUCAACAAAGUGAUCAUUGGCACAAAGACCAUCCUGGCCAAUGGUGCCCUGAGAGCCGUGACAGGAACUCACACUCUAGCACUGGCAGCAAAACACCAUUCCACCCCGCUCAUCGUUUGUGCUCCCAUGUUCAAGCUUUCCCCACAGUUCCCCAAUGAAGAAGAUUCAUUUCACAAGUUUGUGGCCCCUGAAGAAGUUCUGCCUUUCACAGAAGGGGACAUUCUGGAGAAGGUCGGCGUUCACUGCCCCGUGUUUGACUACGUCCCCCCAGAGCUCAUUACCCUCUUCAUCUCCAACAUUGGUGGGAAUGCACCUUCCUACAUCUACCGCUUGAUGAGUGAACUCUACCAUCCUGAUGAUCAUGUCCUAUGACCACCAUUCAUUCUAAGCAGAAGCUGCUUAGCCAGAUAUGGAAUGGAGAGGGACUUCAGUGCGACUGCUGAAAAUCAAGUCCUUGUAAUGGGGAGUGAACUGGAGCCAACCUAAAAAACUUAAUACCGUUUCCUGCCUUUUUAGGCAUCCCAUAACAAGGACACACAUUCAGGUCUGUCUCUUGCCUUUCUGAUCUUAACAGCAGCAGCGGGCCUUGACCUAUUAAUUUUGUAGCCUCUUGGGGCGCCUGGCUGGCCGUCGGUAGAGCGUGCGACUCUUGAUGCUGGGGUUAUGAGCUCUGUUCCCACGCUGGGCACAGAGUUUACUGUAAAAAUUUGUUCUUUGGAACCUCUUAGAGACCUGGGGAGUCUGUUUUAGGAACUUAAACUUUCUGGUUCAGUGGGGCGUUAAACAUAACACUGAAGACCUUAAUGGGAUAUAGGUUUUUGCCCAGAAAUGGCUACCACACCUUUUCCUGGGCUGUGCCAAUAAAAGCUGCUUGAAGAUU